UCUGAGUUGAUUUCUUCAAAAGGCUAUCCAGUUGAAAAUCACAUUGUUCAAACAGAAGACGGUUAUUUACUCUCAAUGCAAAGAAUACCAUAUGGACAAUUGGACAAAAAAGCUGGUGAUAGGAAACCAGUUCUCUUACAGCAUGGAUUUUUAGCAUGCUCCUCAGACUGGGUAAUUAAUUUUCCCCACCAAAGCUUAGGUUUCAUACUGGCAGAUUCUGGUUACGACGUUUGGCUUGGGAAUACAAGGGGUAAUAUCUAUUCCAGAAAUCAUAUUUCUCUAGAACCCAAUGGCACUGAUUUUUGGAACUUCAGUUUUGACAAAAUGGCCGAAUUCGACUUACCAGCCAUGAUAAACUACGUUCUAAACAAAACUGAAGAAAAUAGCCUGUCUUACAUUGGACACUCGCAGGGAUCAACUGUGGCAUUUGCUCUUUUGGCCGAGAAACCUAUUUAUAAUGAGAAGAUAAAUUUAUUGGUUGCAUUGGCUCCUGAAGUUGACGUUAGCAAUGGUAAAAGCGUACUAGUAGUACAUGUUGCACAAUAUGUCGAUUAUAUGGAGGGCUUUUUCAAGAUGUUUAGAAUAAAUGAAAUAUUGCCAAAUAGUCCUGUUAUAAAGACUCUAGCUAAUUUGUUUUGCAAAACAGAUGUAUUUCACAUUUGCGAAAAUGUAUUGUUUUCAUUGGCUGGAACUGAUAAAGAGCAGUUUAAUAAGACAAGAUUACCAGUGUACGUGGGACAUUUCCCAAAUGGUGCGUCUACGAAAAAUUUCCCUUCACUAUUUCCAGAUGGCAGUAUCACAAAAAUUCCGAAAGUAUGACUACAAAAGAGAAAAUAGGAAGCAUU